AGCCGGACCGCCUCCCCCGGCGGCGGCAGCUUCGGGCUGCACAGCUUGAGCCUGCGCGCGCAGCUAGGCCGAGAAGGCGCCCCUAGCGGAGCGGGCGGGUGGGCAGGCGCCUCUUGCGGAACCACCGGCGCGGGCGCUGCUGCCGCCGGGCCGCUUUCGGCGCCGGCCCUUCCGCCGCGCCGGGCCAUGGCGGUCCCGAUGGCGCCGAUGGAGACGCAGCUGCAGAGUAUCUUCGAGGAGGUGGUGAAAACAGAGAUCAUAGAGGAAGCUUUCCCUGGAAUGUUUAUGGACACUCCUGAAGAUGAAAGAACCAAAUUGAUCAGCUGCUUGGGUGCUUUUAGACAGUUCUGGAGCAGUCUUUCUCAGGAAUCACAUGAACAGUGUGUCCAAUGGAUUGUAAGAUUCAUCCAUAGCCAGCACAGCCCCAAAAGAAUUUCUUUUCUGUAUGACUGUUUAGCAAUGGCAGUAGAAACUGGCCUGUUGCCACCCAGGAUGGUUUGUGAAUCUCUGAUAAACUCUGACAACCUUGAAUGGGAGAGGACACAACUAUGGGCGUUGACUUUUAAAUUAAUCCGGAAAAUUAUUGGAGGUGUAGACUACAAGGGCGUGCGUGAUCUGUUGAAGGUGAUCCUGGAGAAAAUCUUAACAAUUCCAAACACAGUGAGCUCUGCCGUGGUACAGCAACUCUUGGCAGCAAGAGAGGUUGUAGCAUAUAUUUUGGAAAGAAAUGCAUGUCUGUUACCUGCCUACUUUGCAGUUACAGAGAUUAGAAAAUUGUAUCCCGAGGGAAAGCUUCCUCAUUGGUUGCUAGGUAAUUUAGUAUCAGACUUUGUGGACACCUUCAGACCCACAGCAAGAAUAAAUUCUAUUUGCGGACGCUGUAGCCUUCUCCCUGUUGUUAAUAAUUCUGGUGCUAUGUGCAACUCAUGGAAGUUGGAUCCUACAACCCUUCGUUUCCCUCUGAAAGGUCUCUUACCAUAUGAUAAGGAUCUGUUUGAACCACAGACUGCUUUGUUGAGAUAUGUGCUGGAACAACCGUAUUCCAGGGAUAUGGUCUGCAAUAUGCUAGGUCUCAAUAAGCAGACCUUGAACAUUGCUCAGCACAAACAGCGCUGCCCUGUCCUGGAGGACCAGUUGGUGGAUCUCGUGGUGUAUGCAAUGGAGCGUUCAGAGACAGAAGAGAAGUUUGAUGAUGGAGGAACCAGCCAGCUGUUGUGGCAGCACCUCUCCAGCCAGCUUAUUUUCUUUGUGCUCUUUCAGUUUGCAAGCUUUCCUCAUAUGGUCCUGUCACUCCAUCAAAAGUUGGCAGGACGUGGUCUCAUUAAAGGAAGAGACCAUCUGAUGUGGGUGCUACUGCAGUUCAUCUCUGGCAGCAUUCAGAAAAAUGCAUUGGCUGAUUUCCUCCCAGUAAUGAAGCUUUUUGAUCUUCUCUAUCCUGAAAAAGAUUGUAUUCCUGUACCUGAUAUUAACAAACCCCAGUCAACUCAUGCCUUUGCAAUGACCUGUAUCUGGAUACAUCUGAACCGAAAGGCUCAUAGUGACAACUCCAAAUUGCAGAUUCCAAUUCCUCAUUCUCUUAAACUGCACCAUGAAUUUUUGCAACAGAGUCUAAGGAAUAAAAGUUUACAGAUGAAUGACUACAAGAUUGCAUUAUUAUGUAAUGCAUAUUCAACCAAUUCAGAAUGUUUCACUUUGCCAAUGGGAGUUCUGGUAGAAACUAUUUAUGGAAAUGGCAACAUGAGGAUACCUCUUCCAGGAACUAACUGCAUGGCAUCAGGAUCUAUCACUCCAUUGCCAAUGAAUCUCUUAGAUUCACUUACAGUUCAUGCAAAAAUGAGCCUUAUUCACAGCAUAGCUACCAGGGUGAUUAAACUGGCACAUGCAAAAUCUAGCCUGGCCUUGGCACCAGCACUUGUGGAAACUUACAGUCGUUUAUUGGUUUACAUGGAAAUAGAAUCCUUGGGCAUCAAAGGCUUUAUCAGCCAGCUUUUGCCAACUGUGUUUAAGUCUCAUGCUUGGGGAAUCUUGCACACUUUGCUAGAGAUGUUCAGCUACCGUAUGCAUCACAUCCAGCCUCAUUACAGAGUGCAGCUGCUGAGCCAACUUCAUUCCUUGGCUGCGGUGCCACAGACCAGUCAAAACCAGCUUCACCUCUGUGUUGAGAGCACUGCUCUAAGACUAAUCACUGCCUUGGGCAGCUCUGAAGUCCAGCCACAAUUUACACGUUUCCUUAGCGACCCUAAAACAGUUCUUUCAGCAGAAUCAGAAGAACUCAACAGGGCUCUGAUCUUGACUCUAGCAAGAGCAACACAUGUAACAGACUUUUUCACAGGUUCUGAUUCAAUUCAGGGAACUUGGUGCAAGGACAUAUUGCAGACUAUCAUGAGUUUCACUCCCCAUAAUUGGGCUUCACACACACUAAGCUGUUUUCCAGCUCCACUGCAGGCAUUCUUUAAACAGAAUAAUGUACCCCAAGAAAGCCGUUUUAACUUGAAAAAGAACGUAGAAGAGGAAUACCGAAAGUGGAAGUCUAUGACCAAUGAGAAUGACAUAAUCACCCACUUUUCCAUGCAGGGUUCUCCUCCUCUGUUUCUCUGCCUGCUGUGGAAAAUGCUUUUAGAGACUGAUCACAUUAAUCAGAUUGGUUAUAGAGUUUUAGAGAGAAUCGGGGCCAGAGCUCUGGUUGCUCAUGUCAGGACUUUUGCAGAUUUCUUGGUGUAUGAGUUCUCCACAUCAGCAGGAGGCCAGCAGCUCAACAAAUGUAUUGAAAUUCUCAAUGAUAUGGUGUGGAAAUACAAUAUUGUUACACUGGACAGACUGAUACUGUGCUUAGCUAUGCGGAGUCAUGAAGGCAAUGAAGCCCAGGUCUGCUAUUUCAUAAUUCAGUUACUUUUACUCAAACCUAAUGAUUUCAGAAACAGAGUGAGUGAUUUUGUGAAGGAGAACUCUCCAGAGCACUGGCUGCAGAAUGAUUGGCAUACUAAACAUAUGAGUUACCACAAGAAAUAUCCUGAAAAGCUGUAUUUUGAAGGAUUGGCAGAGCAAGUGAAUCCUCCUGUCCAGAUUCAACCCCAGUACCUACCAAUCUACUUUGGAAAUGUGUGUCUUCGCUUCUUGCCAGUAUUUGACAUUGUAAUCCACCGAUUUCUAGAAUUGCUUCCAGUGUCCAAAUCAUUGGAGACAUUACUGGAUCAUCUGGGAGGCUUGUACAAAUUCCAUGACCGCCCAGUCACCUACCUAUACAACACUCUUCAUUAUUAUGAGGGGCAUCUCAGAGAGCGAACAAACCUCAAACGAAAGCUUGUUCAUGCUAUUAUUGGUUCUCUUAAAGAUAAUCGACCACAAGGCUGGUGUCUAAGUGACACUUAUCUCAAGUGUGCUAUGAAUGCACGAGAAGAUAAUCCAUGGAUUCCUGAUGACACUUAUUACUGCAAACUGAUUGGAAGAUUAGUAGACACCAUGGCUGGUAAGUCACCCGGCCCGUUUCCAAACUGUGACUGGAGAUUUAAUGAGUUCCCUAACCCAGCUGCCCAUGCUCUCCAUGUUACCUGUGUUGAACUCAUGGCAUUGGCUGUUCCAGGGAAGGAUGUGGGAAGCGCACUUCUAAAUGUUGUGUUAAAAAGCCAGCCUCUGGUGCCAAGAGAAAAUAUCACAGCUUGGAUGAAUGCUAUUGGACUGAUUAUCACAGCCUUACCAGAGCCAUACUGGAUUGUCCUCCAUGAUCGGAUUGUGAGUGUUAUCAACAGUCCCAGCUUGACAUCAGAAACAGAGUGGGUUGGCUACCCAUUCCAGCUGUUUGACUUCACAGCCUGCCAUCAGUCUUACUCAGAAAUGAACUGUAGCUACACUCUGGCAUUGGCACAUGCUGUGUGGCAUCAUUCAAGUAUUGGCCAACUCUCCCUCAUCCCAAAAUUCCUCACGGAAAUAUUGAUACCUAUAGUGAAGACAGAAUUCCAGUUACUCUAUGUUUACCAUCUUGUUGGUCCUUUUCUGCAGCGAUUUCAGCAAGAGAGGACACGAUGUAUGAUAGAGAUUGGAGUGGCAUUUUAUGAAAUGCUUCUUUAUGUGGACCAGUGCAGUACACAUCUGAAUUACAUGGAUCCCAUAUGUGAUUUCUUGUAUCAUAUGAAGUACAUGUUUACUGGUGACAGUGUGAAAGAUCAAGUUGAGAAAAUCAUCUGCAAUUUAAGACCAGCUUUGAAACUCCGUUUGCGUUUCAUAACGCAUAUCAGCAAAAUGGAGCCAGCUGCUGUUUCUCAGCAGCCCAUGAACAGUGGUUCUCCAGCACCACAGCCUAGCCAGGUGCCUGUCAAUGUUGCCUUGCCAGUAACACAGUAAAACAAGGCAUAACACCGGUGUUUCUUUGAAGACUGCCUUUUAUAUUGAUUGAGAUGGAACUUAAUCAGACUUGAUGUGUGGCACACUGUAUCAGAGGGGAAGAGACAGUAUAGAAACCGCUGCAUAAUUUUGAAUGAUGUGAUGGAUCUAUCUAGUCAGAUGCAUUCCAGUCUUCCUAUCUCUUGAUAUCAGAGACAUGAUUAGUUGCUGUAUUUGUAACCAUCCUUGUUGUCCAUACCUCUGUGUAUGUUUACCUGAGGCUAUUCAGAGGUGUCUUUUGCUACGGUAACUCCUCACCUAGCUUGCUUACUUUUAAAUGAGAAGUAUGGAUCCCAAAUGUAUCAGAUUAUCUCUUCAAACCUUGGGACCUAAUAUUAAUAGGAUAGACAUAAAAGAUUAAUAUUUUGAUUGUAAUUGGGCAGUACCAUGAACGUAACAUCUUCACCUUGCUUCAGUUAAUACCAUUUUGAGAUCAGUGGGACUGCACAUGGAACAGGGUUCCACUCCUCUUAAAUCAGGCACAGUCCAGUCCUAGAUGUACACACCCCAUUAACUUGGCUUCUUGCUCAUGAAAAAAAAAUUUGUGGGGCAAAAAUAAUGGGUGAUGUUCUUUUGAUAAGAUGAGCAAGUUUAGUCCCUGAUCCAGGAAAGCAUCUCUGAUUAAGUCAUUAUGGCUAAAGUUGUGAAGUCUUUUUAAAGGCUUAACAUGUCCAAUUGUAAGCAGUGGAACAGCUUACUGUCUUCAUGAAAGCUAUAGUUUUGAUCUAGCGUGAUCCCUCAGGAUGCUAGAUUAUUAGCUAAAAUGGAACUAUUUAAAUCUAUGGAUUCAGUAAAGUUUUGCUGGUGGAUGUUUAUCUUUCCGAUUUAGGAAACGGUGUAAUUUUUAUUAGUCAAUCACUUUGGGAUUUCUAUAUCUAUAUCCUAUUUUAGAUUUGUAUAAUACUCUACCUUCAUUCUUCAGCUUUUAUUUGUGUGUGUACUAUCAGUUUAACAGGUAUGAUUUGAUAACGAGUGAAAAGUCUACUGAAAUUUGUAAAAUAUUGAUCGUGUUUGAUGCAUUUUAAAAACUUUUUAAAAAUAAAAAUGUCUAAAAGAA